AUGGGGUGGGAGAAAAACGAGAAACACCUCCUCAGCCUUAGUCUCCAAAGCCUCCAAUCUUUGUGCAAGGAGUAUAACCUUCCUGCAAACAAGACCCACCCUCAGCUAGCUCGCUUGCUGGCCAUUUAUCUCGAGAAUGAAAAAAAUAAUUCAGGACCUGAAAAGGAAAAUUUGACUGGUCCUACUUCUACACAGGCUUCUCCUGCUACCUCUCCUGCCAUGUUACCAAAUACCAAAGAAGCAUCCAAAUGUGAGCAAGAUAACCACAAAAGAGGCCCAUAUAGUGACAGAGAUGAUGAUGAUGUUAGGCCACCAUUAAAGCAUAAAAAAGUGUCUAGAAAACAAGCAGAUAGAAAAUUGAAAAGUGACUCUGGUACCAGAACGAAUCUUCCUCCGAUUUCUAGUAACAAUGGCAAAGGAGACUGCUUUAAUUCAUGUUCUGGACAAGGGAUUGCUCAUAAUGUGAAACAAACUGCUGAUGGUAUUGCAACGUGCUCAACAGCCCCAAAGCUUAAUGGAAAUCAUGUUUCAGUUGCUCCUGUGAAUGACACAAUUUCUUUCGUAGCAAGUCAUCCUGGUCCUAAUGGUGUGGCAUCAAAGCCUCCCAGCCAUAUGAAAGCUGGUACAAAUGGCAUAGAUAAGGGCAGUGGCUUGUCUAAUGAGAACUCGGCAAAUGUAAAAUCUCCUUUUAAACUUUUUCUGAUGGAUGAAGAUGGAAUUGAUCUAUUUGUUGAUCUUAGUUCCACUCCAGGAGAUUGGGUUGGCAGCUUCAAGGGUGGAGUGAACCUCCCUCCAAGCACACAUAACUCUGAAAGUGAUAUGUUCACCAAUUCUAUUAGCAGCCUUAGGAAUAAGAAUGAUCAGAACACAAUGUUGCCACCAGAUAAUAUCAUUAUAGAUAUACAAGAUAAGGGACCUGAGAGCAUUGCUGCUUGCACCAAUUCAUCACUAGGUUCAACUGAUGGUGAGAAUUAUCGCUCCAAAUCCAAUCCACGUGAUACCACUGCUGUAAAUUUGAGGUCAUCUGCAUCCACAUUGCCUGGUACUGCUGUUGAAAUUUCUGUAUCUCAGGAGGGACCUCCAGUGGUACAUUCUUCAUGUUUAACAUCUGAUGUUCAGAACAACGUGUCACUUGAUAUGGUGGCUGGUGCUUUGGGUAGCAAUGUGCUUCCUCAAGAAUCUGCUGAUGUCUCCAUGUUGCCUAGAAGAAGCAAUGCACCCCUGACCGAUGAUUCCAUACAACCAACUAAUGAAAGCACAUUUAGUCCUGGUAAAACCAAAGCUUGUGUCAAGAAUGGCUGCACUCAGAAUGUUUUGGAUGCUCAUACUGACAAAGCUGUGUCAUCUUCCCCAGGGCAUGUGGUUAUAAGUGACACUGACAAAAACUCUCGUCCACCAUCUGUGGGCAAACAGGAAAUGUUAGAUGUUACUUCAGGGGAUCAGCGUACCCGCAGCAGUGAUACAAAUGGACUCCUAAUGGAAAAUGUACCAACAGCAGCAGUGGCUAUGGAAGAAGAUAAUGGUCAUGGUGGCAGCUUGUCAGUUCGUCAACUAGCCAAUCAGGCGGUAAUUGCACUACCUGCCGCAAAUGCCCAGUCAGAUGCUAGUUCUGCAGAUCGCGGCGUUGCUGGAAACUUCGACCUCACAGACCCAACACGAUCAUCUGUUGCUUCGGACAAUGCUGUUACUCCCGUGGCCACGAAUCAUGGUGCAAAGACAGGUAACAGUCAUGAAUCUGCAGACAAAGAAAAACCGUGUGAUCCUGAGGAGUUGCAGGGUGUGGCUACAAGAAAUAUACUAUGUAGGUUAAGAAGUGCUGCUGCUAAGCAGACCAAGCCCUCUACAGUACCCAGACGGUCAUCAAGGCUUGUCCCAAAGUGA